AUGGAAGCAUGCUUCUCUGAUGAAGAGCUCAAGCAGGCAACCAACAACUAUGAUGCUCGUCUUGUUAUAGUCCAUAAUGAGUUGUACUGGAAAUGGUACAAGGGUUCUCUUGACAGCCGACUUGUUUCCAUUAGGAAAUUUGAAGGUGGUGUACACAUUACAGAAGGCCGGGAAUUGUCCAACUAUGUCAACAAUGAUCAAGUGAUUUCUGCAAAGAUGAGCACUCACAACAUUGUACUAACGCUUAUAGGGUGCUGCCUUGAGACUCGACCUCCGACUUUAGUAAAUGAAUUUGCUGUGAAUGGUAGCCUUGCCAAUCAAAUUCAGGGCUCUCGUGGCAGUCAACAACAUCAGCCCUUAGCAUGGGCAAGCAGGUUAAAGAUUGCAAGGGAGAUUGCUCAUGUAAUUUCAUUUCUCUGGUACAUGCUCCCCGAGUAUUUUGCUACAGGUAAGGUAACAGAGAAAGCUGAUGUUUAUAGCUUUGUCGGACUUCUUUUAGAACUUGUAAUAGGACAGAAUUCAAAUGAUUUUACCCAAUUGAAUAAUGGAGAAUGUGUGGACUCCUCCAAACCAAAAAAAGAGUGUAUUGGAUUAGUAGUAUGUAUGCAAAAUGGUGCUCAAGUUCGUUGCAUUGUGGAUCCUACAAUCUUGGCAAGGGAAGGGAGAGCUAGUACUAUAGAGCAACAAUUGCAAGUAGUGGUAGACCUUGCCUUCACAUGUAGAAAAAGAGACUCGGAGAUAAGAGCAACUAUGGUAGACGUUACCAAAGAACGCAUGUGGAUUGAGAGGCUUGCCUUAUAA